AUGGAGAGAACUCGUUCACAUUCUCGCGGUCGCUAUACCGAUGCAGACAAGAAGCGGUACGAGGAGGAGCCCAUGACCCGCGAUAACUCUCCUGGGGAAUGUGACCUCGUCUGCCCUCAGCCGACCAAGACACAGCCCUGGAAGCAGGCCCUCCAAGUUGAGAGAGACUCUGGAAAUAAUCCCCUUCUUAACUGGGAGCCUAAUGCUCUGGACUUUGGUGAGAAGCCUUGGCUCAAGAUUGACUGGUCCAAGAUUGAAGGGACUGGACCUGGAGGAGUUCGGAGCAAUUCUCCUGAUCAGAUGUGCGGUUAUUCUGUUGGAAACCUCAAGCUUGUUUGA